CGCAUAUAAAAAGUCAACAUAAAUUAGUAUAGAAGAACAAAUAUUGUGAAACACAAAUCUGAGAGUAGAGUAGAGAGACGAUGGAUCGAAUUCAGCUUCUGUUAGUGGGAUUUCCUCUUUUCCUCUUCUCUACUGACAUUUUCAAUCUAUUUCUCUCUCACCCUCCUAAACCUUCAUCUAAGCACCACCAUCAUCAUCAUCAUCAUGUCCCUAAACCUUCUUCUGUUCACCAGACCUUAGAUUUACAGUUACCUACUCAACAACGCAAUUCUGUUGGUUAUGGCCAUACUGUCACCAUCGAUUUCUGUUCGUCUUGCUCUUAUAGGGGUACUGCUGUGGCAAUGAAGAAUAUGCUGGAAACACAGUUUCCUGGAAUUGAUGUUGUUCUUGCAAAUUAUCCGCCUCCAGCUCCAAAACGCAUCCUUAGCAAAUUGGUACCUGUUGCUCAAGUUGGAGUAUUUGCCAUUAUAAUGGCAGGAGACCAGAUCUUUCCUAGAUUGGGAAUGUCUCCACCUCCGUGGUAUUACUCAUUACGUGCCAAUAGAUUUGGAACAAUUUCUGCAACCUGGCUAUUCGGGAACUUUAUUCAGUCCUACCUACAAAGCUCUGGUGCUUUUGAAGUGUUUUUUGAUGGACAACCUGUGUUUUCGAAGUUGGGGCAGCAAAGAUUUCCUGGUGAAAUUGAAUUAAGGGACCUUAUAGGCAAAAGGCUUGCUGGUUCUAAUAUUGUGGAUGCAGCUGGGGCAACUAUGUGGUCGGCUUGAAGCUCCUCCUUUCUUAAACCGGGAAGAAAAGGGAAAACCUCUUGGACACGAUCAGAUGUGUCGACUUUUGAGCAGUAGAUUGCAUUUUCUAACUAUAGCAUGGUGAAUGCUUAUGUUAUUUUUUUGGUAUCAGGUUUUAAUGGAACUGUCAACUUUGCCGAAGGAACUUCAAAAAUGGUGCUCUGUAUGAUUAGGAUAUGAUACUUUAUGUUGUCUUCCAUUGUAAUCCAUAUCAGCAAAUGAAGGAUGAGUUAUUUUAUAUUUUGUUUCAUAUGUGCUGGAAGCCAAAACACAACAUACCCCAAGUUCACUUUAAUAAGUUAAAAGCUUUUGAUUAUCAAAA